UGCGUUUUGAUUUGUUUACAUGCUGUAAUCGUGAAAUAUCCUGCUUAUCGGGGCGUUUGUGGUGCUACUUGAUAAUGAUGCAAAACUUUUUGCCGAAUCAAAGUGUUCUGCAAAUGUAACACUUAAUAUUUAAAAUAUAAUAUUGGAAGUUAUUUUAUUACUCUCUUGUAUUUUUAAAUCAGUAUUCAGAUUUUUUAAAAAUGAAACUGAAUCACUUUUUCAAAUUUACUCAACGAUGCUUAACAUCAUCUCAUCGAUUUGCUAGCAGCUAUGUAAAUAUUAAAGAUCAAGAAGUUUCUCCAUGUCUUAUAGAUAGUUUUGGAAGAAAACAUAGUUACUUACGGAUUUCACUUACUGAACGUUGUAAUUUUAGAUGCCAGUACUGUAUGCCAGAGGAAGGAGUAGCCUUAUCUCCCAAAGCUAAUCUUCUCACCACAAAUGAAGUAAUCAAAAUAUCUAGUUUGUUUGUGAGGUUGGGAGUAACUAAAAUUCGUUUCACUGGUGGAGAGCCUUUGAUACGAAAAGAUCUUACAAAUAUAAUAAAAACUGUUUCACAGCAAGAAGGUUUACAUACAGUUGGUUUGACUACUAAUGGGCUAGUUUUGUAUCGCCAGAUUAAAGAAUUAAAAGAUGCUGGUUUAAAUGCCUUGAAUAUCAGUUUAGAUUCUCUGAUUCCAGCAAAAUUUGAAUUUAUAGCACGCUUUAAAGGUUUGAAUAAAGUAAUGAAAAGCAUUGAUGCUGCUCUAGAAACGGGUUUUGAUCCUGUCAAGAUUAAUUGUGUUGUUAUGAAAGGGAUCAAUGAUGAUGAAUUGAUCUCAUUUGUAAAACUUACGGAACACAAGAAUCUUGAUGUUAGAUUCAUAGAAUAUUCUCCAUUUGGUGGCAAUAAUUGGAAGGAUAACAAGAUGGUGCCUUAUCUAGAAAUGAUUUCAAGGAUCAAGAAAGAAUUCCCAGAUUUAAAACGUCUGAAAGAUUUACCUAAUGAUACUUCAAAAGCAUACAAAGUUCCUGGAUUUAAAGGUCAAAUUGGUUUUAUAACUUCCAUGACAGAAAAUUUUUGUGGCUCUUGCAAUCGUUUGCGGAUAACUGCUGAUGGUAAUUUGAAAGUUUGUUUGUUUGGAACUGAAGAAAUAUCAUUGAGAGAUGCUUUGAGGCAAAAUAUGCCAGAAGAUGUUAUAUUGAACACAAUUUCUACUGCAGUUUUGUCUAAAAAGAAACAACAUGCAGGAGCAAGUCCAAAUAAAACAAAAUUUCAUUUCCUACCAUGUGCCAAAGUCCAUUAUUUUAAUAAAGCUACAUUGUCUUCCAUUUUAUAUCAAGCACAAGCAGCCUUUACUACUUCUAGUAGAUCAAAUUUAUCUGAAACUGCUUUGACUCACACAAAUGCAGAAGGAAAAGCUACAAUGGUUGAUGUUGGUUCAAAAUCCCCUACAGUUAGAAUUGCUGAAGCAGAAGCUAUAGUUUAUCUUGGUCCUACAGCUUUUAAAUUAGUUGAGCAAAACAAGAUAAAGAAAGGGGAUGUAUUAUCCAUAGCCAACUUUGCUGGUAUCAUGGCAGCUAAAAGAACUCCUGAUCUUAUACCAUUGUGUCACAGUAUUCACAUUGACCAAGUUAGCUUAAAUUUGAGAUUAGAUUCAACAACUCAUGAAGUGAAGAUUCUUUCGCGAGUUAAAGCUUGUGAUAAAACAGGAGUUGAAAUGGAAGCUUUAACUUCAGCCACAGUUGCCGCUCUGACUGUUUAUGAUAUGUGCAAAGCAGUUACCAAAGAUAUAAUUAUAAAAUCUGUUAAAUUGUUGUUAAAGACUGGAGGGAAAUCCAAUUUCUUCAGUAAAUGAAUUGUUAAUAAAGUUUCAGUAUAUUUUUUGUAAAA